UUUAAAAAGUUGGUUUCGUUAAUAACUCUCAUUUAUAGCUAGUUUCUUUAUAUGUUUCAAUCUAAAUAUGUAUUAUUAUGCAGAUGACAGGCAAGGGUUGAGAAAAGGCUAAGAAACCAAAGAGGAGGGUAGAAGAUAAUCCUCCAUCUUUUUCUGCCUCUUCAGAGAUGCCUAUGCCUAUGCCCAUGACUUUGACUCCACCCCAUGGCUAUUCUGAGCUGCCACAGCAUCACCAGCCCUACACCUUCGUGCACACACCAGGUCUUUCGUCAUAGGGCCAUAGGACUGUACGCCCGACAUACAGUCCAGCUGCCACACGACCACGUGAAUCGCAGCCAUCUGCAUCGCAUGGAUCACAUCAAUCCAUGUCACAUCCACAUGGAUCACAGGCAUCAGUGUCACAGCCACUCAGGUCACAACUAUCAGUGUCAUGUCCACUUGCGGGCCAUACAACUAUGUCGCAGUCACAGGGCUCGCAGCCAUCUUCAUCUGAAACUCCACCUAUUUCAGGCCUUCGACUGCGAGAUACUAGCUCUGACCCCCCUACACCUUCCACACAUGCCUCUGAUAUACAUGCUUCAUAUGGUGAUGCUGAUGAUGACGAGGAGGUGCAUUAUGAUCAGUAUGGAAGGAUCAUCAUAGUUCCUAAGGGUGAUGUGUUCAUCCCUAGUAAUAUUACUACAAGGAUUAUCACCAAAGCCACCAGAAAGCUUUAUGACGGCCCUUAUGCGUCUUGGAGUGAUUUCUCAUUCGCGCUGAAGGAGCAAAUUUUCAAUGACUUUAAGAGCAAGUGUGUAUGGGAACACCUCUAUAGCGCGGAUGUGGCUGCAAAUUUUCAUCUCAAAAAGCCUGGCUAG